AUGCCUAAGAGUUGCUGUGUUGUUUCUUGUACCAAUAAUGUCAACAGUCGUCCUGACUUGCAAUUUUACAUUCUUCCAGCUAAAAAGGCACAGAGGAAGUUGUGGCUGACAGCAAUAAAUCGUGUUCGAACUGAUGAGCUGGGAAAUCCAAUCAAAGGAACUUUAUGGUCACCAAAAUCAAAACACCACUAUGUAUGCUCUGAACAUUUCAUUUCGGGAAAGAGAGAGUUAGCUUCAAGCCAUCCUGACUAUGUACCAUCUGUUUUCAAAGUUUUGAGUUGUGGAAAAAAGUUGCAUCACCACAUCGAUCAAUAAGCAGACUACAUAGG